AUGACUGUUAUUAAACCUAUUUACAAAGAUAUUGCAUUAAAGAAAAGAUCAGCUAGAGAUGCCAAAUUUAACCCAGAUUGGCUUAUUCCUGAAUCUGAAUUACCAUCUUCUGAUGUUAAAGAUAUUUUAUCCUGGAUUUCGAAAGGUAAUUUCUUAACUCCACACGAGUUAGAAAUCACUGAAAGUAAUGCUAUUGAAAUAGUUACUAAUAUUAAACAACAAAAAUGGAGUUCUUUACAAGUAACUAAAGCAUUUUGUCAUCGUGCUUCAAUUGCUCAUCAAUUAACUAAUUGUCUUACUGAAAUUUUCUUUGAUGAAGCUAUUGAAACAGCUAAAAAAUUAGAUGAAUAUCAAGAAUUAAAUAAUGGAUCUACAAUUGGACCAUUUCAUGGAUUACCCAUUUCUUUAAAGGAUAAUUUUAAUGUUAAAGGUCAAGCAACUACUAUUGGAAUGGUUAAUUUUUGUUUUAAUCCUGAUAAAUUUGAUUUUGAUUCAACAUUAGUUUCAAAUUUACGUGAUCUUGGAGCAAUAUUAUAUGUUAAAACAAAUGUUCCAGUAGCUAUGAUGAUGCCAGAAACUACAAAUCAUAUUUGGGGGAAUACUUUAAAUCCAAUGAAUACUUCAUUAACUUCAGGUGGUUCACUGGGUGGUGAAGCUGCUUUAAUUAAAUUAAAAGGAUCUCCAUUUGGUAUUGGUUCAGAUAUUGGAGGUUCAAUUAGAAUUCCAGCAUCUUUUCAAAAUUUAUAUUCGCUUAGACCUUCAUUUGGAAGAUUUCCAACUUAUGGGGCAAGAUCUGGAUUACCUGGUUUAGAAAGUGUCAAUAGUGUAAAUGGUCCAUUAUGUAAUACUAUUGAUGAUUUGGAAUUUUAUUGUAAAUCAAUCAUUGAUCAUCAACCUUGGCUUCAUGAUGCUAAAUGUGUUGAAAUUCCUUGGAGAAAUGUUGAAUUACCUAAACUUUUAAAUAUUGCUGUUUUAACUGAUGAUGGUUUUGUUAGACCAACUCCUCCAAUUCGUAGAGGAAUGGAAAUUGUAAUUGAAAAAUUAACUGAAGCCGGUCACGAUGUUAUUGAGUGGGAUCCAGUCGAUCAUGUUAGAUUGGCAGAGAUAAUUGGACAAUUUUUUGUUAGUGAUGGUGGUCAUCAUGUUUUGAAACAAACUAUGGAAACCGAAGAACCUUUAUUUCCAUAUAUGGAAAAUUACGGAACUAGUAAAGAUAUGAAAGUUUCUGAAUUAUGGAAAUUACAAAGUGAAAGAACUAAAUUGAUGAAAGAUUAUUUGGAUAGAUGGAAUGAAACUUGCAAAGUUACUAAAAAUGGUAAACCAAUUGAUGCUAUAAUUAUGCCAGCUACACCAUUUGCUGGAAGUCCAAUUGGGAAAUUUCCAACAUAUGUUGGAUAUACUUCACCAUUUAAUGUUCUUGAUUAUUCAGUUGGUACAUUCCCUGUGACUAGAGCACAUAAAGAUUUUGAUAGAGUUGAUAAACGUACUGCUGGUUAUAAUGACAUAGAUAUUCAAGUUUGGAAUGAUUAUGAUCCAAAUGAAAGUCAUGGUGGUGCUGUUGCAUUACAAUUAGUUGGUAGAAGAUUCCAAGAGGAGAAAGUUGUUGCGAUGUUGAAAGUUAUCUCUGAAUUAAUUGGAUAUACCGACUAG